UUCUAAAUUUCCCAUUCAAAGAAAAAAAAAUUGUAGGACGUGAAAGAAACAAUGUUUGAAAUACGCAACUUCAUAAAACUCGUAAUCCAAUUCCGAAACGAAUGGCAGUCAAUCAUAAACAUUUUGAUGUUAGUACAUUUUGUGUCCUGGUAAUAAACUAAUUCAAGUUAAGUAUGAAAACAAUAAUAAUAAAAAUACAAAUCGAAUCAGAAAUAAAAACCACCUUUUUUUUGGUUCAUCUGUCCUUAUGAACAUGUUAACUUUGUUUGUCUUUUCAAUUUAGAAAUUUUACUCAGCUUAGUGUUCGUUCCGAUAAAAAACUUCGGCUCAGAGAUAUUGUGUGCAACACACACUUACCAAAUUAUUGGCGGCUGCCCAGGGAUGUCUUCCCCAAAGUCCGGAGGUCCUGUCGUUUUGCAAUCCAUCCACUUGUGAGGAAACACAAAUAAGUGGCCGACAUUUCGCCAGUAAUUGGCAACAAAAAACAAAAAAACCCACGCAAAUCAAUUAAAGAAUUAAGAAAGUAAAGGAAACUAAUGAAAAUGCCGACGCAGUCGGUGGCCGAGAAGGAAAAAGAAAGUGAAGAGGAUAAGCAUCAAUUGGAGUUGAAGGAGGUGGAUCCGUUUCGACUGUCGACAUUAAUCCUCAACGCAGAUCCUCGAUAUCGGAUUAGGCCGAUGCAGCAGGUGGUGUCAGCACUUAUUGGCGGCCUUAUAACGACCUUUGUGGUAACACCCUUGGAGGUGGUGAAAACGCGGGUGCAAACGCAACAUGCGGUCCGUCAGCAAACCACUGUCUCCAAGCUGUGCUAUGUCUUUCACAAUGGUUUAAUGACCCAUGUGUGUCGCUCUAGUGAUGUUUGCAUUCCUAAGCCGGGUCGGGAUCCCUCAACCUUUCGGCCCCUCCGUGGCUCCAUGGACGCUUUUGUAAAGAUUUUCUGCAGCAGCGGCCUUAGCGGUCUGUGGGCGGGCCUUAGUCCCACUUUAGUUUCGGCACUGCCCUCCACGAUUAUUUACUUUCUCACAUACGACUACCUUAAAAACUCCCUGACGCAUAUAUAUCUGGUAUCGCGAAAAUUCGAGGAAUUUGGCUCUGAGGACCAAGUGCCCGGAGCGGAGGGCGGGGAUCCCCUGGACUUGGCCACCCAGAGUCACAAUAUGAGCGUCAGUACGCCAGUGUCCUCGGUACCGGUGCCGUAUUAUGUGCCAAUGGCAUCGGGAAUCUGUUCGCGCACCAUCGUGGUUACAGCCAUCACGCCCAUUGAGAUGGUUCGCAUAAAGAUGCAGUCAGAGUACAUGACCUACUCGGAGCUGUGGCGCGUCUUGCGCUCGCUGAUUCGCCAACAUGGAGUCCUGGGCCUCUGGCGAGGAUGGCCGCCCACCGUGAUGCGGGACGCCCCCUUUUCCGGCACCUACUGGGCGGCAUACGAGGCGAUGAAGCGGGCUUUCGGCGUCAUGGAGCCCACCUUCCUCUUCAGCUUCCUCGCAGGCGCCGUUUCCGGAGCGGUGGCUACCUUGGUGACCAUGCCCUUCGACCUGAUCACCACCCACACACAAAUUGAGUUGGGUCAGGAUGUGCUCUACGAGGAGGUAGGAGCGGGAGCGGGAACGGGAGCGGCAGCUGGGGCUGGAACACGAUCUGGAUCAAGCACUGGCACCAUGACGAAGCCCUCCAUGGUCACCCGGCUGAAAAACAUUUAUCGGCAGCAAGGUCUUAGAGGACUCUACGUGGGCGUUGUGCCGCGCAUGCUUCGUGUGGUCCCCGCCUGCGCCAUCAUGAUCUCCACCUUUGAGUACAGCAAGGCGUUUUUCUUCCACUACAAUAUGGAUCUCAAGGAAGCAGCUUACCGGGGCUCCCAGUGAAAAAGCAGAGCCAGUGCAUCCGCGAAAUGGCCAAAAAGGAGGCCUGCGCCCACUUUGCGGCUGCCGCGGCGGCAAUAGCAGCCAC